GUGGCGCGCUAUAAUGGGAGGGGCCCUUGGCGAUAAAAGUGAGAAAAUUCAUUCGCGUAUAGCCUAAUCAGUCCAUUUCGGUUGAUUCAACACUAACGGAUACAUCACACACCAGUGCGCUUGGCCCACCGAAAAGUCGAAGCAGCGAAUAAAGGAAAACUAAUUUUGACUUAAAAACAUUGGUGAAUCGAGACUGUGAAUAAGAAAAACCAUCAUUAAAAGUAUUCCAGGUAUGGGGCAAUAUUUGGGUGGCGAGCCCCGGCAAAAGUUGCUCUACGUGUCCGAUGCUGAUAACAAACCUGUUGGAGAUAAGCACGAAAUAUCGGACUCUGAGCUCUUUCGAUUUUUGCUCGAUGAAGCUGCAGAAGCUGAAACAAUUCAAAUGCCGGAGAUUUUAAAAAACGUCGACAAGAAUUGGAAAAUCGUUGAAUUUGAAACGAACCAAAGCCGGAAGAAGAAUAAAUCGACACGGCACGUAUUCGUCGUUUUCAAGACGACAAGCAUCUUUUCGUUAAGGCCAUCAGCCAAGUCAUUAUUCUUUUUCCACAACUGGAUCGAAUAGAGAACGCCAAGAAUUCACUGGAAAUGGAUGACAUCAUCAAAGAAGAAGAAUUCGAUAUCUCUUUUUUCGGCAAUACGCGCCAACAGCGUGAAUUGGGUUAGACGUUUGCUGGAAAUAGGAGCCGAUCCCAGCAGACGCAACAACAAAGGUCUCACUCCGUUUCAAGUGUCAGCGACGCAAGAAAAAGCAAACGAAAUUCUCGACUUACUUCUGGCAAGCGACAAAGUUGACAUCAAUGAGGGUGGCAAAUUUGGAUUGACUGUCCUUCAUUUCGCACUGGCAACAUCCAACGAGACUGCAGCUCGCUUCCUGUUAUCAAAGGGAGCUGACCCCUACGUCGCUGAUGAAAACGGUGUCACUCCACUUCACUUGGCGGCAAAUUUUCCAAACUCCUUGGACAACAGCGGACAGAAUGUGCUACACGGCGCAAAGCAAGAUAUCCGGGGGCAAAGUGAAGACAUUUCUGAUCCUUUGAAAGGCGCCCUGGAGAUUGGCAACCCCUGCUGUAAAUUCAAGUUGAAAUUCCUCCAGAAUCUCGUCCAGGAUCUAGUCCAGGAUCUCGCCCAGCAGCUCGUCUAGCACCUUGUCCAGCAGCACGCCCAGCAGCG